AUGUGUGACCAGCAGAAGCAGCCCCAGAUUCCUCCAUCUUGUGUGAAAGGUUCAGGAUUGGGGGCUGUGCAAAGUGCCUCUGUGAAAUGCCCAGCUCCAACCCAGACCAAGACUGUCUGUGUGACGGGACCUGCACCAUGCCAGACUCAAACCUAUGUGAAAUGCCCGGCUCCAAAUCCAUCUCAAACUUAUGUGAAGUAUCAAGUUCCAUGCCAGACUCAAACGUAUGUGAAGUGCCUGGCUCCCUGCCAGCCUAAAACUUAUGUGAAAUGCCCAACUCCAUGCCAGACAUAUGUGAAGUGUCCAGCUCCCUGCCAGACAACCUAUGUGAAAUGCCCAGCUCCAUGCCAGACAUAUGUGAAGUGCCCAACUCCAUGCCAGACGACCUAUGUCAAAUGUCCAGCUCCCUGCCAGACCCAGACGUGUUAUGUCCAGUGUCCUUCUCCUUGCCAGAGCUACAGUGUCCCAGCUUCUGCAAGUGGCUCAGCCUCCCAGUACUGUGCCAUUCCUGACCCGUGCUCUGCUCCUUGUUCCACUAGCUACUGCUGCCUGGCUCCCCGGACCUUUGGGGUGAGUCCCCUGAGACGCUGGGUCCAGCGGCCCCAAAAUUGCAACACAGAAUCAUCUGGCUGCUGUGAAGAUUCCGGGUGCUGCAGCUCCGGAUGCUGCAGCUCUUGUUGCUGUGGCUCUGGGUGCUGCUGUUUGGGAAUUAUCCCCAUGAGGUCCCGAGGUCCUGCAUGCUGUGACAAUGAGGACGACUGCUGCUGUUAAACACAGAAGGAUAGUCCCACUCCAGAACUGACCACUACUCUGACUUCUGGAACUUUCACCAGCCUCUCGCCCCCUCCUUCUUAUUCCCAGUGAUGUAAAGCUUACCCCUUUACCUCUGUACUUUUCUUCUUUAUCAAGGCAGCCUGCCAGAGUUAGUACAACCCCCAAACUUUGGCAAGAAUAAAGUUCUGAAUGCAA